ACAAGAGUUGCUGGCUGCCUAUUUUGCAGACCAAAACUCCAAACAUUUUUCCUUCAUUUCAGCACAAUUGGAUCUUUGUUUCAGCCACAUACCUUUAACCUUCACUCACUUUGCACCUUACAUCCUCUUUUGCAAUUUCCAAAUUCUCACACACAACAUUUUCUCCUUUUUUUAGUCAUUUUCUCUGCCAUCCUCUUUUGUUUCUAUUAACCACAAUCAUAGACAAAAAAAUCCCUUGUACCUCCUUUUCAGAGAAGAGCAUUGAAUCUCCUUCGAUCUUCCAUUUUUCACACAAUAUAUAUCUCUAUCCCUUGAAAACAAAAUGAUUCCUUUUGUACACUGUAUCUGGAUGCCUUCUGUUUCCAUCUACUACUGACUUGUAAAUCAAAAGUAACACCCCUUAAAUCUCUUUCCCCUUGUUUCACUUUUCACGCUUAAUUUGAAUUCUUUUACUCACUUUUCUCUCCUAUAUUUCACAUCCAACCUUAAAAAGUCCACCUUGUUUCACACUUCAACUUUGGUGGCAACAAAAAACAGCGUGAUUAUGUGUUCUGAAAUAGUUCCCCCUCGUUUCUCUUUUUCCCAUGAUGUUUCUGAGCUACCAAAGAAACAAGAUGUAUCACGCAAAGACACUAUGCUUCUUGGGUCAAAUCAUGACUUUGAGUUCAGCACCGGGAGAAGAAGCAUCGAGUUUGAAUCAUCUUCUGCUGAUGAACUUUUCUCUAAUGGGGUGAUGCUUCCCCUUCAGAUGCAACACAAGAGAAACACAACUCGGAAACACACCCUUUACGGGGAAGCUCCGUACACCAGACUUCCUCCACUUCCAUGUUCCCCUAUUAUGAAGAAAGAGAGCAUCAGAGAAGUUGUAGAUGAGAAUGGUGGUUGUUGUGAGAAGAAAACACAGUCCAACUCUUUCUGGGGGUUCGGCAGAAGCAAAAGUCUUAGCUGUGAUAGAAAGAAAAGCUUCAUGUCUUAUUCACCUCCUUUGUCAAGGAGCAAUUCAACUGGUUCGGUGCCAUUUCCAAAGAGAGUUAGCUCGACCAGGCAGCAUUCAGCUGCCAAGCCACUGUCAUCUUCAAGUUCUUCAACCUUAAAUUUGUAUCCUGUGCAAAGGUCUCGUUCUGGUAAGAGUUAUUAUGGUGGAUCUUAUGCCAAUGGUCUUUGGAUUAGUCCUGUUUUGAACCUACCAACUCCUUGCAUUUCUAAAGCAAGUGCUAGUCUCUUUGGGUUGGGUUCUUUUCUACGUGUUGGGAGGGCAAAGAAAAGCAAGAAGUAAUUUAAUUUGUUCAUAUUAGCUGAUGUGAUUAGUUAAGCUAAUUAGCAUGGUUCUUAAUGAAGUUUAUAAUAUAUAUGCCUUGCUAAUGAUUUGGGGAGAAAGAAACAAUGUAUGAUGAAGAUGCAGUUAAAAGGGUACUACGGAACAACGGGAAUCUGUCGGUCUUGUAUUGUUUUCUGUGCGUAAUAAAUGGAAGCUUUUUGUGGUUAGUGGUUCCUUAGAUUACCAGUUGUUUAUCUGUCAGAAAUGCUGUUUUGUUGAACAAACAUUUUGUCUUUAAUCGCAAA